CAGAAAGAAGGCUGCUGCCUCAGCUUGAGCAGUGCUCUAUGGUUGAGUGAGUUUUCAUAGUUGGAUGAAAUUAUUGGAACAUACAGUGUGAUUUCCUGAACCACUAUGGCACCAUCUUGGAAAAAUCACAAGAGUUCAGUCAAGGAAGGAGCUGUUUGCUUUGUGUUGGGAGCAGUGGGAGGAUGUGCACUAGGAGCCACAGUGACUCCAGUAAAUCAGGUCAUGACUGAGAUAAUCUCAGGGUCACUGCUGAAACCAGUCAUGGAUGGAGUGAGGACUGUGGGGCCACUGGGUUUGGGGACAUUACUGGGAGCGACUGCAAUAUCCACAACAAUGGCCUCAGGUGCAGCAGGAGUGACUGUAGCUGCUUUAUUUACUUUGGUGCUUAUAACACAAAUGAAAAAUGUGUCUACGUGUGGAUUUGUGUGGAUUGCAGCUGGGGUAACUGCGACAUUUACCACAACAUCCUGUGGAGCACUGCUUGGGUUUAUUAUAGAAAAACACAUCAUGAAAUCUGGGGUGGUGGCACUACUCUGGGCUCUAGGGAUAUUCACUGUGCUGAAAGCAUUCAUUCAUAUUGUUGUACAACUGGCACUCAGAAAAUGGUUGUGCUGUAGCAUCCUCACCACUCAGAAUUGCUCUGAAGAGCAGUGCUAUGAGACACUGGACAUUUUGCAGUCUGAGCAGAGAGAGAAAGUCACUGUGGAGAUUGAAAAGAUAAUGAUUGCCUUUGAGACAGAAAAAAGCUUUAAUGGAGAGAAUGUGGAAGAUUUCAGAGCUGCCUGCCAGGCCCAGAGAUUGAGCAGAGAGGAAAUGGAGAAACAGCAAAGGAAAACAAGAGAGCUGGCAUUGGAGCAAAAGAGCAUUCAAGAGCGUCUGACCAAAAUUGUAGACAAAUAUAUGGAGUUUCUGACAUUCUCCAGCAUUCCUAUGACGGUGACUGCCGCUGUAACUGCUGGCUUGGGAAUCUUUGGAUUUGGAGGCUACAGAUUUGUUUUUGUUGUCCUGUUAGUCCUCAUCCUAUGUAUGGCCUACAUGUUAACUAGGCUGAUGAAUUUGAACUUCUGGAUGCUCACAGCCUGUGUAGGAAUGUUUGCCACAUUCGCCAUAGCUGUGCUCACAGUGCAUGCAGGACAGGAUGUACUGGACAUGUCUGUAAGAAUGCGAAACGCUGGACAAGUCCUAAGUAAGGAGAGUAUUGGUGAUAAGAUGCUCCAUAAUUCUGCACUAGAAGCCAUAACAUCAGGGUUUUUUGUAUCAAAAAUGUUCCAGAUUGCUUUAGGUGCUACAGUUGGAGGUCCAUUAGAUCAGAAAGUGUUGAAUAAAGUUAUAGUUGGAGCAUCUGUUACAACAGUAGCCCUUCUUUCAGUAGUUGAAGCCUGGUCAGUAGCUCUUGGGAUUGGUGGUGUGACAGGGGCAUUGCUGGGGGCACUAGGGGCAGCUGGAGUGUCCAUGGGGGCAGCUGCAGCUGUAGCAAUUCAAUGCUCCUCAUGGACAGGAACCAUAAGCACCACAGCUGGGAUGCUAUGUGGAGGUUUAGCUAUUGGAAACUGGGACAUCACUAAUAUUGGACUACAAGUGCUUGUAGCAUACAUAUUUGCUAUGAUAAACUGACUUUAUUAUCCUUACUGACUGAUUUCUGGUGUAAGGACUGAAGAUUUUAACCACAACUUAAUGAAUGGUACUUAAUUGUGAAAUCCAUCAGCUGCUGCUCAUCGUGGUGCUGCUGUGGUGCAAUUCUGAAUGGCUGUUAAACAUUAUUUCCAGUAGAUAAAAAAAAUUAAACCAGCGAAAGAGUAGUUUUCAGUAAUCUGUGUCCAGUACAUUUUACCACUGUACAGUAAUUAUUUUUUUUUUUUAACACUUGUGCUAAACAGAAACGCCAUGUUUUGUAAGUAGAAUGACAUAUUAAAUACCUUUAUAAACGGUUUUAAAUGUAUGGACUAAA